CACAAUUAUAUUGAUGGAUAGAUGAAAGUUAUUAAUAAAAUGAAUCUAGGAAAAGUUGCUUUGGUAACCGGCGCUUCCAAAGGAUUGGGAAGAUGCAUCGCUGAAACCCUGGCGUCACAUGGGAUCAAGGUGGUAGCCUGCGCUAGAAAUGAAGAGCAAUUGAAGUCCUUGAGUCAAGAGCUUAAGCAAAAAAACGCUCACCUGGAUCCUGUAAAAUGCGACAUGGAAGACGUCACCCAAAUUCUGGCCCUCUUCAAGUACAUUUUCGACAAUUACGGGACGCUCCAUAUAUGCGUCAAUAAUGCUGGGGUUUCUUUCCCAGACUUUUUCCUGCCCAACGAACCCAUUAAAGAUGCGAAAUCGCUCUACGGAUCCGAGGUAAAAUCCCGAACGGACAUGUACGAUCGUUGGUUAACUACUCUCAGAGUCAACGUCUUGGCAUUGUCCAUAUGUUGCAAGGAAGCCCUCAACUUGAUGGUAGCCACCGGCUCCAAAAACGGGAUAAUAAUCAACGUUAGCAGCAUAGUGGGGAAGCAAGUUAUACUUUGCCCCGUUGGUAAGGAAGGUCCCAACGAUACCUACAUACACAUUUAUGAGGCCACCAAAUUCGCUGUAUCCACGAUAUCCCAGCUGAUUCGCUUGGAGAUUCAGAGUAAACAUCUGGAAGCUCACGGUAUAAGAAUUUUGAACCUCUGUCCGGGGUGGAUAAAGACCAAUUUCGCCGACAGAAUUCUUCAGGUCACAUCGGGGAAUAACCAAAAAGAUGCCCCUUCCAAUGAGAUCGACUUUUUCAAGGACAUAGAACAUCUAGAUCCUCGAGAUGUGUGCGAUGCUUUGAUGACGGCCAUCGCGUGUCCUUACGAAGUUCAAAUCGAUGAAAUAAUUUUAAAAGCGGUUAAAAAAUCGUCUUGAUGCGUUUUUCCGUUUUAUAUUUCUAAUAUAAUGCUAAACAUCAUUUCUUAUAUAAAAAAUUAAUAUAUCAUAGAUUAUCCUCUUGUAAUUCAGGAAAUUUUUUUUUAAAAAAAUGAUAAAUUUUAUAGAAACUAAUGCUGAAUUUGUUUCGCAUUACAUUAUAUAUUUCUAUAUUGUUUAUAUAUGAUUUAAAAUUAUUUGUAUAUUGAAGAUUUUAUUUAUUAAACCCCACCCCCUCCCCAAGAUUUGUAAUAAUAUAAUAAACUUGUUUUUAUAAUUAUUCGCUAGGAAAAACGCUAUGAUUUAUUAUUUUGCUCCCGUCUAAAACCUUGUUUCCCAAAGUGCAAUAGUUUUUUAAAAACAUUAAGGAAAUUUAAUGAUACAAGUUUUUAAAAAUUUUACGUAUUUUUUUUUGGACUUUUUUUCGAUUAAAAUUUUUGAAAAGUUUUAGUUUAUUGUUUUAGUCAAUAAUAUGCAAGUCUCGAGAUUUUAUCAACUAGAAGUUCAAAGCAAUCCUUCUGUCUCUGAGCAAAAUCCCCAGUAUUGCAUAAUUUGAUUUUGGCUAAAAUCGUAAUCGGGCUGUUUUUUUUAAAAAAACUACUCAUUUUAGGCAUCUUCAUUUCUUCUACAUCAGUCGGCCUUUAUUUAGAUCUCUAUUCUUUUGUCUUAAUGUCAAGGUCUUUUCACCCAUUUCUGGCAAGUUUAUGACAACAAACACUCAAUUUUUAGAAAAAUUGAAAUUGGAAUAAAAACGAAAUUGAAAUCUG